AUGGACUUCUAUCAGAGACUAAGGAGCUCACUGGACUCGAUUGCGUGUCACGGAGCCGAACUUCUCCGUCAAUCAGACAAUGGAUCGAUUGCGGCCAGUCCUUUUGAGGACAAGUCGAAGGCUGUCCAUAAUCCUCGCAAAAAGCUCAUGGAGUCGGCUAUGAAGCUUCUCCAACUGGCGACUAUGCCUGAAGAGUACCUUGACCACCUAGCCAAUGGGUACCAAGAGUUAACUUGCGUCCGAUGGCUCGUGGAUCUCGAUGUCCUGCAACAACUCCCUCAAGACGGCUCGAUUGCAUACCCGGUGUUGGCAGCCAAAGCGGGCGUUCCCGAGAAGCACCUCAAAGGUGUUGCUCGUAUGGCCGUGCUCAACGGUUUCCUGGAAGAGCCUACAUCCGGCCACGUCUCACACAGCCGGUCGUCGGCCUUGCUUGUCCGCGACGAGAACUUCAUGAGCUGGGCCCGCUGGAUGAUGAACUACUCAAUGCCAGUUGCGUACAAGUUCCCUGAAGCGACUCGCCGCUGGGGCGAUACGGAUGCCAAGAAUCAAACAGCUUUCAACGUCGCCGAGAAUACUACAGAUCCGUUCUUUGACCACAUUCGAAAGAACCCGGACCUUACAUCUGUGUUCUCGAGCUAUAUGCGCAAUGUCACGGCUUCUCGGCCUUGGAGUUUAGCGCAUGCUGUAGAGUGUUUCGACUGGGCUUCGCUGCCAGAAGGCGCAAAGGUCGUCGAUGUAGGUGGUUCUCACGGCCAGCUUGCUGUCCACGUUGCCUCCAAAUUCCCGCAUCUGAAGUACAUUGUGCAAGAUCUGCCAGAGACAGUUGCGACUGCUCAGCGGGCAUUUGAUGCCGACACAAGCAUCGAUCCGGCAGUCAAAUCGCACAUCCAGUUCAUGUCUUCAGACUUUUUCAAGCCUCAAACAGUUUUGGAUGCCCACGUCUACUUCCUUCGCAUGAUCAUUCACGACUGGCCCGAUAGAGAUGCUCGCAUUAUUCUGCAAAACCUUCGGACUGCACUCGAGGCAAACCCUAAAGCCCGCAUCGUGAUCAUGGAUACAAUUCUACCACCCCCGGGGUCGACGACUCUCCAACAUGAGCAGCAGCUGAGAGUUCGAGAUCUCAUGAUGAUGCAGGUCUUCAACGCCAGAGAGCGAGAGUUAGAAAACUGGAAGACUCUGCUCAAUGACGUUGGAAUGGAGAUAGAGCAUUCUCGCCAACCGGACGACAGUGUCAUGGGGCUUCUAACCGUCCAACUUCAGUCUUCCACACCUGGCACUCCCAACGACUUCAUCCAAAUCAAGAAACCCAUCAUGCCGGCAACGGAAGAGCGGCCAGUCCUGAUCAUAGGCGCUGGCAUCAGCGGUCUGUGCUUGGCUCAGGCACUGAAAAAGCACAACAUUCCCUUCCGGGUAUUCGAACGAGACCCGGCGGUUGAUUCGCGGCCUCAAGGAUACCGCCUGAAGCUUCGCAGAGACGCUGCCGUCGCACUGGCCGAGAGUUUGCCCGAGGAAGUCUAUCAGACUUUUCAGACAUCAUGCGCUACCCUGGCUAUCGGGGAAACCGACUUUAACCCAUUCACCGGUCUUGUGGUCAAUAGUCGUUCUGGUGGUGGGUUGAGCGGGAAGCUUGGUCUUCAUCCUAGCUACUGCGUUGACAGAGCUGCUUUCCGCACUGCUCUGAUGACGGGCAUUGAGAACCGUAUUCAGUUCAGCAAGGAGCUAUCAUCGUACAAGACAGAUGUUGAUCAAGGCGUUGUUACCGUCACUUUCAAGGAUGGCGAGACAGUAGAAGGCCGAUUCCUUGUCGGUGCAGAUGGCUUGCACUCGGUUGUGCGUCGCAAUCUCGUUCCCAGCCACAAGAUUAGAGACACCGGAGCUGCCUGCAUUUACGGUAAAACUCCAAUGACACCUGAGGUCCUGGAGAAAUUUCCAGAGAAAGGCAUGAGAUGGAUGACCAUCGUGUCUGAUCAAACACCGAUGCUGCAAUCCUGUAUCAUUGGAGAUGCGCCAGUUACUUUGCUCUUGGAGCCAAUCCGUUUUAGCGAAGUCAGCCGGUCUCAGCAUCAGCUCCCCGCAGAUUACAUUUACUGGGCUCUCAUCGGACCCGAAGCUCGAUUCCGCCUGGACGGAGAGACUUCAACUUCCAAGGUCAGCAGCUCUACCUCUGCACAAGCGGCGGCUGAGGCCGCUCGUCUGAGUCUGUCCAUCACGCAAGAGUGGCAUUCCUCUAUUCGGUCAGUCUUUGAACGACAGGAUACGACGCAGGCGACUCUGAUUCGCGUUGUGUCUUCUGUACCUAAUGUUCCCUCAUGGUCACCGUCUGCCAUGGCGACCCUUCUCGGGGAUGCUAUUCAUCCAAUGAGUCCCUGUGGUGGGGUCGGAGCACAGACGGCAAUCUGCGAUGCUUCCAGUCUUGCGAAGACAAUUGCCGCAGCCCAGGGAUCCCCAACAGCUGAGGAUAUUGGAGCGUUUGAGGAGGGAAUGAGGAAACGUGCUCACCGUAGCAUUUUACAGAGUGAAGUGGGUUCGAAGAAGAUGUUUGGACUUCGUUCGUUGGAAGAUUGUGACGCGUGGACGGGCUUCUAA